GGCGUAACGUUUAAGGCUCUCGCCGUAGCAUCUCUUGCUCGGAUGUAAUAUCCAGUUUGUAUAAAUGGGUAAAACGUGAAGUAACUUCCAUGAAAGUGGUAAAUAUGUAAUUAGUGGUAAUAAGAGAUGAGCGUGAGCGAGCCGAGCGUGGAGGCCCGUUUUGAAUUCCGUUGCGCUCUACGCUAACUGGUGUGUGACGGAUGGUUCUGAAAAUUGUUUGCAGAUGGAAGACUCUGAAGGAACAGUGAGGCAAAUUGGGGCUUUCUCCGAAGGCAUUAACAACCUGACGGCUAUGAUACUUAACCUCAGCUGCCUGGAAAACGCUGUUUAAACAUAAGCGCAAAGUCCAUCCAAAGUCCUCUUCCCGUCCCUCCACAUCACCCAAUAAGACAUGGCUGCUCGUAGAGGAAUGGAGAUCGAACCUCCGCCCGGAGGCUUAGAGCUGGAGUUCGAGAUUCUCCUCAGUGGCAACGCGCUGGAGUUCCUGGUGGAGCUGGUCUCCAAUUUCCAACAAGAAGUUGACACGAUACUCGCGCAGAGAAGCGCCAGGAAGGCGCAUCUGGACCUGAGCGGGGAGCUGCCGGGGUUCUCCGAUGACACGGCGCACAUCCGAAACGACCCGACGUGGAGGGUGCGUCCUGCACCCGCACGGCUGCGCAGGAGACACGUGGACAUCGGGGACCUGGCCCCCUGCGACACGGAGCGCUUCAUGCGGGCUCUGAGGUCUCCAGCGCAGGGCAUACAGGUUGACUUUGACGAUGGCAAUUGUCCAACAUACUACAAUCAGAUUAAAGGCAUUUACAAUGUCUACAGAGCAGUGCGUAACCAAUUUCACGAUACCCCGCCCGUGUCCAAGGCCCCGGUGCUCAUGCUCCGCCCACGUGCCUGGAACAUGGUGGAACACAACAUGAUGGUAAACGGCAAAGAGGUGCCGGGGCCCCUCUUCGACUUCGGCCUCUUGAUGUUCCACAACGGAAAACUGCUGUUUGAGAACAACAGUGGGCCGUUCUUCUACCUGUCCAAGGUCGAAAGCUACCUGGAGGCACGGCUUUGGAGCAAAAUAUUCCUGUGGACGGAACAGCGGCUGGGUUUGCCGCCGGGCAGCACCAAGGCCACCGUGCUUAUAGAGAACAUCCUGGCCACGUUCGAGAUGGAGGAGAUCCUCUAUGAGCUGCGGGAGCACUCCGCGGGCCUCAACUGCGGCAUCUGGGACUACUCGGCUUCUUUCGUCAACAAGUUUGGCCAUCGAGCUGCGUUCCUGCUCCCUGAUCGCAGCAAAUAUGUGAACAUGGAGAAGAGGUUUCUCAGGAGCUACAUGGACCUUCUGGUGCAAACGUGCCACAGACGAGGAGCUCUGGCCACAGGAGGAAUGGCGGCACUGCUACUUCCACGGGAGAAGGACGGCGCCCUCUACAGGAGCGUCCUCGCCGCAGUCACCAGGUCAAAGUUACUGGAAAUCAACGCCGGUGUGGACGGUUUCAUGGUCUACGACUUGGAUCUGGUGGAACCGAUGCAGAGACUGUUCCAGAUGCGCAGCCGAGGGGAGAACCAGCUGCUGGAGCUCCGCGAGGACGUCGCCGUGACCCCCGCCGACCUGCUCAGCGUGCCGGCGGGUGGGGUCACCCUCUAUGGACUCAAGUACAACGUUGCUGUUGGAGUUCUUUUCAUCGAGGCCUGGCUACAAGGUCGAGGGCAUUUCUUCUACAAGGGUCAAGUGGAGGACUCGGCCACUGCGGAAAUUUCCAGAUCCCAGGUGUGGCAGUGGAUCCGUCACCUGGUCACGCUGGAGGAUGACGGGAGAGCGGUCACCAGGGCUCUGGUGCGGAGCCUGACCACGGAGGUGCUGGCGGAGCUGGAGGACGAGCGGCGGGGUCACACGCCGAGGGAGCGUCGGACUCUGCUCACCUCCGCCCGCAUGUUCCUCGAGGUGGUCCAGAAGAGCGACUUCCCGGAGUUCCUCACCACCUACCUCAACCUGGACCACACGUUCCUCAGCUCACAGGGGAGGCAUGCAGACCAGCAAGAGGAAGGAGGCGUUCUCAAACACAGGCUAUGAAGCGUGAGCGCGGCCACACUGACAACUGCCACAUCCCACAUGGCGUAGCGUGUGACUGGUGUCAGAUGUUUAAUUUUUUUUUUUUUUUUUUUUUUUUUACAUUUUCAGCUUCAUAAUUGCUUCAUUUUAGAGAUAAAGUUAAUGAGUUUUUGUUCCUGCCCACAAUGAUUAACAUUUACAGUAAUGCAUGACACUUUUCUCCAAAAUGACACACACCUCCAGUGGAGGG